GAAGAAAAGGUGUAAAUCAGAGAACCGCUGAUCUUGGCGUUGUAAGGGCGUCCUUGCGUGGUCCGUCGUGAUAUCGUGUAGGCGUUGGCGAGCGAGGGUGAAAAGACAGGGGGAUGUAUACGUGAGAUUUUCGAGUUUUCGCCUACUCCAUGUGUUUUAUUCUACCUCUGAAAUCGUGCGAGCCGUGACGCGUUUUCGGCCAUUUUGGUUGUCGUUUUAAUUCGCAAUUUCCUAGCAACCAGGCCGAAUUCGGGGAAGUGUCGUGUAUGCCAUGGAUUGACUGUCGUCGCUGCACUUGCCUCCUUUGCACCUGUGAACCAUCGCAUGGGAAAUGCACCGAAUCUCGGCGGAUUUCGGCGCGGGAUGAUAGUGAUACAAGGAUUCCUUCAUCGGCCAGAAGCUGCUGCUCUUCUCAGGCUCUGAGGAUUUUUCUCAUCGGAGCAUCAUCCGGCCCGACGGUGCAUACGUGGAGCUGGAUUGGAUGUAAUAUGUGAAGUUGCCAGAUAGCUGAGAACGAAAGUCGAAGAUCAGCUGGUAUGUCAAACAAUCAGCUGGUUGACUCUUGUUUCUAAGAAACUUCCACGUUAAGGUCAGCAUGCUCGACGUUUUUCUUGUCCAGUAAAGUUUUGAAACUUUGAAACCAAUUAACAACAUCGCUGUUUGAGUCUUCAAAGUACUAAUAGCUUCAUUAUAAAUAUACGCGUUCUUCAAGAAAAAGGCCCAGACAUGCCACAGUAUACGGGACAAGGCGAAAACGACUACCAUGGUAGCAAUGGUCAAGCUGAUACACAUUCCUUACAUUCGUCCCACUUAUCAGUUCAGGACGAUCCUUUGCUCAUACGAACUCACAAACAACAGACUUCACAACAAGUGACAACAGUGACGAAAGUUGUACGGGAAGUUUCACACAUGGAUCCGGACCCAGGAGUCGGUAGUUAUAUAUCAGUACCAUUAAUGUCGCAAGAGUAUCAACAUGCGGAUCCAAGAUAUGCGGCUGACCCAUACAUGGUCAGUUUUGAUCACUACGACCCCUAUCUUGGAUAUCCUCCACAACCUGGGUACCCAGGUCCACAUGGAAUUUAUCUGCCUCGAUCGCAUUCUCCGCAUAGUCCUCACAGUCCUUCCGAACACAGUCGAGCUUCUCCGACGCCGCACGAUUAUUUGCGAAAAGGAGCUCCAUACGUCGAAGGAGGAUACAACGAUAUAGAUCCAGGUUUGAAUCCUGCCCUGCAGGAUAACUAUCGUAUCACGCCGAGCCCUGGAGGUCCUGGAGAUCAAUAUGAUCAAGUGAGUAAUUCCUGGAAUAUGGACGAUUCUGGCGAGCCCUCGCAACACCCACAUGAUGAGGGAAAGGUGGCCUACGGUUUCGUCUCUCCGUCCCCUUAUGGCCCAGUUGCUUACGGUCCCAACGUUGGAGUGGGGCCAGUUCCGAUACCCCAGGACGUUCCUGGCUACGAGGAAGGACAUCCGGUGGUCCCUCUUACGGGAGGAGUUCCGCCCGGAAUGUUCGAAGACGAUGUCCACCUGCAGCGACUUCAGUCUCGGCACCCGGUCAUGCCUGGAAUGGCGAGUCCCUUGGACGAUGACCAGAAGUCAUUGCGAUGGCGUGAUCCCAAUUUGUCGGAAGUUAUCGGCUUUCUGAGCAAUCCGAAUAACAUAAUCAAGGCAAAUGCCGCGGCAUAUCUGCAGCAUCUUUGCUAUAUGGACGAUCCGAACAAACAGAAGACACGCAGCUUGGGAGGUAUUCCGCCGUUAGUUCAGUUGCUUGACCAUGAUAGUCCAGACGUUUAUAGAAAUGCUUGUGGAGCGCUCAGAAAUCUUUCUUAUGGCCGACAAAAUGAUGAAAAUAAACGGGCCAUAAAAAAUGCUGGAGGUGUGCCAGCACUGAUUAAUUUAUUACGUAGAACUUCCGAUCCUGAAGUUAAGGAACUAGUGACUGGUGUACUGUGGAAUUUGUCGUCGUGCGAGGAUUUGAAGCGGUCGAUUAUUGAUGAUGGAGUAACGAUGGUGGUGAAUAAUAUCAUUAUUCCUCACAGUGGAUGGGAUCCAAGUUCUUCCAGUGGCGAAACUUGUUGGUCAACCGUGUUUAGAAAUGCGUCUGGCGUUCUCAGAAAUGUUUCGAGUGCUGGAGAAUACGCGAGGAAAAAAUUGCGUGAAUGCGAAGGACUUGUCGAUGCACUUUUGUACGUUGUUCGAUCUGCAAUCGAGAAGUCAAACAUCGGCAACAAAAUCGUCGAAAACUGUGUCUGCAUUCUGAGGAAUUUGAGUUACCGAUGCCAGGAGGUGGAGGAUCCAAACUACGACAAACAUCCGAUUCAACCGACAGUUCAAAACAGGGUAGCGGCACCAACUAAAGGUGAGAACUUGGGUUGCUUCGGAGGGAGUAAAAAGAAGAAAGACGGCCAACCAGUUCAAAAAGAAACUACCACAGUGAGAACAACGACUCCACGAACUGAGCCUGUUAAGGGCAUGGAAUUACUUUGGCAGCCAGAAGUAGUGCAAUCCUACUUGAGUCUUUUGCAAUCUUGUUCGAAUCCGGAAACCCUUGAAGCGGCAGCUGGAGCUUUACAAAAUCUUGCAGCUUGCUACUGGCAGCCCAGCAUUGAAAUUCGCGCUGCCGUUCGAAAGGAAAAGGGACUUCCGAUUCUUGUCGAACUUUUGCGAAUGGAGGUUGACAGAGUAGUUUGCGCCGUGGCGACAGCGCUUCGAAAUUUGGCAAUAGAUCAACGUAACAAAGAACUGAUCGGAAAGUAUGCAAUGAGAGACUUAAUUCAGAAAUUGCCGUCGGGAAAUAAUCAGCACGACCAAGGAACGAGCGAUGAUACAAUCGCCGCCGUUCUUGCAACUUUGAACGAAGUUAUUAAGAAGAAUGCUGAAUUUUCGAGGUCCCUUCUCGACGCAGGUGGAGUUGAGAGGCUCAUGAACGUCACCAGGCAGCGACAAAAAUAUACACCACGAGUUCUUAAAUUUGCAGGUCAAGUAUUAUUUACUAUGUGGCAACAUCAAGAACUGAGAGACGUGUACAAAAAGCACGGAUGGAAGGAACAGGAUUUCGUGACGAAAACAGUUGCAGCUCGAAAUUCCGGCCCCAAUUCGCCAAACAAUGCAAACAGUUAUGACUGCAGCACACUCAAUCGUCCAAUGGCAAGUCAAGGCAGCACGAGGUACGAAGACAGAACUAUUCAGCGGGGUAACGCCAAUUCCAAUAAUGGUGGACGAUCCACCAUCUAUCAGUCUCAAAACGAGGAGAUCGCAAUGUCAGAUAUGCAGUAUCCAAAACAAGGAACUCACGCACCACCUGCUGGCGGCGUUUGCGUAUUUCCUCCCAAUCCCCAACCGAAACCCGGUGAGCCGCUGUACGCGCAAGUUAACUUGGAGAAGAAAAAGAAACGGCAGUAUGAGCUGGGGGUGGGCCAGGGCCAAGUGCAGGGCCCGGUCGGAGCUGUGCAGGGUGUCGGUAUCGGAGGCACUGGCUCGCAAUGGAUCGGGGAUGGUGUGGGUGUGGGCGUCGUGAGCGCCCAGGAAACUCCUGCUGCCACCGUUAACGCCCCCCCGAAUUCAACAGCCGUGUCAGCGGGUGACUCCUGGGUAUAACACGCUCUAGAAGGCACCGUCUUCUUUAAGACCUCGGACCUGCGGCCCAAGCAGCCGCUGAGUCUUGCGAAGUGAUUGAUAACUCAUAACAAAAAACGCCCAUGCUAUAUGUGUUCCUCUCAAGUGUGGAAAGCGAUUGGAAACCUCCUCUUCUUGCGGCAUCUACAAAAGUUCGACUGAAUCGGAGAUUUGAAAAAUCUCCUCAAUCCACCUGCAGAAAAACGAAGAUUUCAAAUAUGAUUCCAGGGACAUGUUGCGAUUUUUUUAGGGCGACUUGUCCGACCACAUUUUGCAGUUGUAGUCGCACUGAUGGCUCUAAACUUUACAGCACAAUUCUAAAUUAAUAUUUAACGAAACGGUACUACUACCGAAUUUUUCGCGUUUCGUACUCCAAGUGCGAAUAAAAGAAAAAAAAGAGGUGAAACUGCGCAUCGGCGGAUUAUAAAUAUUAUAUAUAUAUAUACAAAUAUAUAAACACGGAAAUACACGAGUAGAUAUAGUCUAUUGCUAUAUUAUAUAUAAAGUAUAAAUAUAUAUAUAAAUAUAUACAUACAUAUAUUAUAUUGUAUAAAAUUUUGAGGCUGUGGGUGUGGCAGAGGAUAGUGAUCCCUCGGAGCAUCACUCGUUUUGUUGUUGUUGUGGGCCGAUCCACGACUCGUCAUCAUACCUGUUUCAGAACGAGAUUCGAAAGACUUAAAUUUCAAAACAAUUUUUUCCCAUGAUUUUAGCGUUAAAUUUUAUUAAAGAUGAAUCAGAUAAAAAAUGUAAAGUUCACUUCUGAACUGGUUUGAGGACGAGUCGUGGAUUGCCGGAAAAAUUCACACCACUUGAAAAAUCGCAGUCAAGCUGAGAGAAUUGUUGGAAGAGAAAUUGGGAAAAGCGACUGGCGAAAUUAAGGCCAUGUAUUACUUACCUGAUUACACUUUACCGAUAUUUUUAUCGAAAAAUUGUGGAAAUUAAGUAAAAUGCACUGGAGAGUGUUGCGGAAAAAAAUUCCUUAAUGGAGGAAUCGGGUGAGUAUUAAAUGGCCUUUUUAAAAAUACGUAAACUUGAUGUAUUGAUGAUAAUAAAAUUAAUAAUGAGGAGAUAAUAAUAUCGCGAGAAGAGUGAUAAUGUUUAUCGUUGCUAUUGAAAGCUAUUGCAGAGAUUAUACCCUUGUUCUAUUUCAUUAUUAAUAUUAUUAUGAUAGUUGAGAGGAAUGUCUAGAGGGAUCUAAACUAGGAAAGAAUGUAUUCGAUGGAAACUGUUUAAGUAACUUAAUAUAUCGUCGCACCUAGCACGUAGUUCUCGUUUCACGGUUUGCCAAUCACAACAAAACAUUCAUUUUAUAUUAUGCGGGAUGGCUACUCGUCUGGAAAACCUGGGAUUGUCAGAGAAUUUUUAUAUACCUUGUAAAAACCUGGAAAUUUCAAGUUUUUUUGUUUAAUGUCAAGGAACCUUUUUGAAAAUAUGCUUAAAUUUUUUAACCCUCAAACGGUACACUGGUGCGAAUUCGCACCCGAAGUUUUUUCAUUUUGUUGGC